AAAUAUAAGCUUCGAAAGCGUAAGAGCUUCCAAAUUCAUCAUUCAUAAGCGAUGUUUUCAUUACAAAAGGACGUAAUCAUUUCUAAAAAAAAUUCAUUUUGUUACGAAAACUUGACACCUGGGAACAAUAUUUACAUAAUUAUUUGAAGUGUAGUGCACUUUAAAAGAAGAAAAUAUGGGAAAAGAUUAUAUAUAUUUGCUUAUGGGCUGCGCGUUUCUUAUUGCGGGUGUUGUUAUGCUGCCACUUUCCUGGUAUUUUCCUGGGGACCUGUACAGUCCUGUUCAGGAAGGACUUACGUUGGAGAGAAUCAACCAAAUACUGAACGAAGCGAAGGAAAAGAACGGCAGCGGCACCAUGCAACUCGGCCUUGGACGCGAUCCGAUGUCCAUAGAGAAGUUUUCCAUAGAGGAACUACCGCAAACGAAAGUCAUCAGAGUUCCGGAAGGCGGCACACUCGUCCUUACGUGUAGCAAUGCGAACAACACCAACAACUCGAAGGUGUCUCACGCAAAAAUUCCGCCGGCUUUCAAAUUCAACGGAUCGCUGCUUAAUGUGACCGAACCCCCGUCUUUUCACAGAAUGUAUCAUCAAGUGAAUUAUUACUGCAAUUGCACUGAUGAACUCAGUUCUGGGGGGGCACCUCUGAGGCGCACAUUGAUGUCUGACGAGUACGAUCCGGUUACCGGUGCGUUUUCCAUCGCCCUACCAAACUUCUCAUACAUACACACCGGACUGUACGAGUGCCUGCACUCCAACGGGAGUCAGCUGGUGGUGACGCAGCGCUACUGGGUCAGCGCCAUCCUCGUCCGCAAUAAUGUCUUCAAUCCGCCCAUGAAGGACAUCACCGUGCGCGAAGGCGACCCAGUGGAGAUGGUCUGCCCAGUGCGCUUUAAUUUUCUCCCAGGACACCUCGUCAACCGCUUCCUCUGGCGUAGGGGAAGCUACCUACUGAUGGCAAAAUCUAUCCCGGAGGCGGCCGGUAAGGCGCGAUCGUGGUGGGACUUCAGGGGGAUUUUCCAGUUUGGCGUGCGUGAACCGUGCACAUGUAAUUCAACAAUGAGAAUCGAUAGCGUCACACGGAAAGACGCCGGAUUAUACGAAUGUUGGUUUAAAAUCAACGACUACUUCGACGAGUGGAUCUUCCAAGAGGCAUUUUUGCAUGUUAUUACCUGACGUUUCAGCUGACGGCCAAAAUCACAAAUAAAAAUCGUCGCAUAUCUGUAAGCGAUAACAAAAACGAAAACAGUUACGAUUUGUAAAUGUUCCGGAAAAGUGAUUUUCGACGCCAAAGGUCAGUGAUUAUUCGGGAAUUCUUAUCUAAAUUGGUGCAACAGCGCUGAACAUUGUAAAGUUGAUGGUUUACCUAAUAUAGAUCUUAGAUAUUAGCUGUUAAAUUGCAAAGCGUGCAUGAAGACUAGAGUAGCCCGACGCAAAUACUGCCGUUAAACGAGUACUAGAGGAGCCAGUUUAUGAUUUACAGGAGAUUAACAGUAAGAUUUGGGCAGGCCAUUCAUGGCCAAAAAGAAGCAGAGUGA